AGGUCUAGUAUAUAAAAAGUGUGUGGAUGCAGUUCCCCACCAUAAGCAAUCUUUAACAGAAGAAACAUUCACCAUUCUCUUUCUGGAUCUCACCAAACUCACUAUCAUCAUUCAUCACUAUCUCAUAUAUCUGACACACACUUCACUUUUCACCACAUCUUUCUUUCCAAAUACCCUCCAACCCAAACAUGACAAAUUAACAACAACAACCCUUUCCCUUUUCAUCAUUCUAUUUCAUUUAUUUUCUCACAAACAAAACAUCCUUUGUCUCCUCCAAACUUGUCUCUCCAAUUUUUGUCCUCUCUCCAAAACCUUACAUCUUCUUUCUGUUUGUUUCUUCUUGGAAACCGUGUAACGACAAUGAAUGAGUAUGGUUCAUCUUCUUCUUCUCUGGUUUUGGAUAGAGAAAGAGGAGAGCUUGUGGAAUCAUCUGUCAAACUGGAACGCAAAGGUGUUUCACCUGAGAGAAGUAUUGAAGCUUUGAGGAAUCAUAGUGAAGCUGAGAGGAGAAGAAGAGCAAGAAUUAAUUCACAUCUUGAUACCCUUCGUACUGUUAUUCCAGGUGCUAACAAGUUGGACAAAGCAUCUUUACUAGCUGAAGUCAUUACACAUUUGAAAGAGCUAAAAACAAAUGCAGCACAAGCAAGUGAAGGACUAAUGAUACCAAAAGACAAUGAUGAGAUAAGAGUUGAAUCACAAGAAGGUGGAUUAAAUGGUUUCCCUUAUUCAAUUAGAGCAUCACUAUGUUGUGAAUACAAACCAGGUUUACUGUCUGAUAUAAGACAAGCACUUGAUGAACUUCAUCUUAUGAUAAUAAGGGCAGAGAUUGCAACUUUGGGCGGAAGAAUGAAGAAUGUCUUUGUCAUAAUUAGUUGCAAAGAACAGAAUUUAGAAGAUGCUGAGUAUCGACAGUUUCUCGCUGGAUCGGUUCAUCAAGCUCUUAGGUCUGUUCUUGAUAGGUUUUCUGUUUCACAAGAUAUCUUAGAAACUAGAAAGAGGAGGAGGAUUUCUAUAUUCAGUUCUUCAUCUUUUGGAGAUUUCUUAUAAAACUUGUUUUUUUUGGUAUAUUCAUUCACAUGUGAUGUGAAUCUUGGGUUGUACAUGUGUUGGGAAGUUUUGUAGAUAGGUAGGUUGAUACCUGAUUUAAGGAUGUUUCAAUCUUUUAACCAAACACACAAUGAGUGAACUUGUUUUAUGACAUUGUACUAUGUUUAGAGAGAAAUUUAUGCUAACAAGACUUCUCUUCAUUUGAGUAUUAAUAGGUCAAAGUAUCAUUUAGUGAACAUGUGAGAAAUAUGAUUGUAAAGCAUGCAAAACAUUGUAAGCAGCAAUUAUAUAUGCAUUACUAUUAUGUUCCAUGUUGACAGUGCCACUAACCAAAGAUGGUAUAUGAAGAAAGUUGCACACAUAUGGGUAGAUUCAACAAAACACACUGAAAAAUGGAAUAUUGAAUUGAACAUCGGGUACUACGACCACACACAAAGGGGACUUAUGCAUUACACGCGUAAAUAGCCAAGCAAGAUUAAACUUUGUAAGCCACCACGAUCUUAACAACAAAUGUAAUGUUUGCUUAUAAAUAUUGGACUGUGUAAUCAUUUAAAAAUCAAUUAAAUCAAGCAAUUUUGUAUAUUUUUAUCUCUUUCACUUUAUUUUGCUUUUGUUUUUAUGCAUUUUGUAGUUUAGUAGCCCUACUUCCCUCACACGUUGUAUUUGACGCUCUUUGGAACAACUAAGAAACUCACAGUUGAGGGACACAAUUCCUCCUCCUCAAUGCAAUUGUUUGAAGAAAGGAUAAUUUACUAUUAAGGGCUAUUAGAGUAUUAGUCGAUCCCUAGGCUAACUUUCAAGUUCGAAAAUAUAUUCAAGACACUAUGGCCAAAACCACUAAAAAAUCUCAUUCACUAGAUCAAUAUUAUAUUUGGCAUAUGCACAUGCGAUUUAAAAAGAACC